UGCUAUGUUUAAUAUUUCAGAGUACAAAUUUUACACAUGGACGAGCCAGGAUUAUUUAGGCUAUUUUCUCCACAGUCCCCAACUACUCGGCAGACGACGAGAACUCUGCAAGAUCUGAAUGAGCGGCGAGUAUCUGGAAUAUUUAAUCUCAGGGAGAUGGGGAACAAUCUUCUUCAGAACCAGGACAACCAGGUGCUGAGGCCGAAUCCAAACCAUACUCAUACUCCUCCAAUUCUUAGGGAUAACAAUGUUUCGGGUUCUGAGAAUAGAUUACAGGAUGGACAUACACCGUCACCAGACGAAGCUGUUAUUCAAGCUAGGGGCAGAAGACAGGUUCCGUUAACAUUUUCUCCCGACGUGACUCCAUUAAGACAACAGAUGCAGAGAGCAAAACUAUCCAAUAUUCAGGGAGCUAACUCAAGGCUAUCCCUUCCUAACAUCAGACUGUCUCCAAGGAAAAGAUUAACGUUAUCUGAUAAUCCACCCUCUCCACAGAUGUACGUUCUACCCCCAGAUAUAACCCCUAUCAGUCCUCUGGCAAAAAGAAUUAGACUGGACGAUGAUUCAGUAGUUGAUCCAAGUGUAUCUGUUCAAGGAUUAUCUAGACCUCAACUAGUUCAACUAGUUCAAGAUAUACUCAGGGUUAACCCAGAUAUAAGAGAGUGUGUGACCCAUCUCCUUCCAACUCCAGAUAUCUCAGUACUAGAGGAACAGCUCAACCUGCAUAAGAAGAAUAUUUAUAAGUCCCUACCGAAUAGCAGACUAGAAUCUAAAACUGAUUCUAUGGCGUUUAACAGAGUAGGAGUUCACCUAACUUCCUUCAGACGAGUGUUGAGUGAGGGUGUGAAACAGCUGUUGGCCGGGGAGCAGUGGAUUGCUCUGGUUGAGUAUACAAUCAUGGCCUGGGGGUAUGUCCAGGCUACGCCAGUAUGGGAUAAUCCCUCGCAUAACGGGACCCGAAAAGCCUGCUUCAAGACCCUGGCUAGCGCAUGCCUAAACGCACUCAAAUAUGGAAAUUUCAGCGCGGUCCAGCGACAUGAAAUUCGGGAAAAGUUAAAGAAAAUCUCACCACUGUCGACAGAACUAGACGUCUGUUUGAAACAUUUGGGAAGUCUGGAUAAGGCAGGAGCUGAAGAAAACUAAAAUUAAUAGUGACACGUGGUUCUUGUUGUACAAUGUACUAUGAAAAAUGUGCAAUGUACAUGAUGUUAACGGGUACAUAGUGUUUACCAGUACAUGUUAAUACUAAGAACUUAUGUACAUAUUAAACAUCGUACAUUGUCACCUACGACUAAUUGUUCAGUAUUUUAUGAAAAGUUAAAACCAAAAAAGAUCAAUUCUGAUCGAAUCUAUUAAACUUGCUUUUAACAAAAUUAAAUUUUUCAUGUAAAAGGCAAAAUAGAUCAAUUACUGAAAAUUGUCAAAUUUUAACAGUUCUACAAAAUUGCUGAAAGUACACUUAAGAUGUUUAUACAUCAGAGAAUUUAUGACGCUUAUCGAUAUUUUCAUUGAAAAAAAGUAUGUUUAUACCAAACUAUAUUGCUAUUUAUCGCUUGAAUACUUAUUUUUUUCAUUUCUUCUAAUUAUGUUCAGAAAUGUAAAAUUGCUCGACCUAAAAUCAAAAGGUUCAAAUUCGCGCCAAAAAAAAAGAUCUUUUUCAAUUUUUCCUGAUUUUCCGUCUACAAUCUACACAAUUAUAAAACAUGUGAAAUGUUCCUUCUGGUGUAGAUUUUAGAAACAUUUAUUUGUUAUUUCUGUCAACUUUAAGAUUUGUAAAUUUUUCGUACAUAUGCUGUAAACUUGAGAAAUCCUCAUUAUGUUAAUAAUUUUUGACAUGUUUAUUUUUUUGUCAUUCAUCCCUAGUUCAAGUUCGGUUAAAGUAUUAGGUCCAUAUCAUAUAUCUACUAAGAAUAUGAUUGCAUUCAAAUCUGUAUUGUAAAUUAGAUUAAAUAUGCGUAUCGAAAAUUUACCAAUGGGCAUUUACUUAUUGUAUUUCUUAAAGUGUCUUCUCCUGAAAUACAUAUAAUUGAUUUAA